AUGGUCAUCAUGAAUUUGGGACACCUAGAGUACAAAUUCAACCUCAGAAGUGAGAAAACUCCUCCCGUCUCCCGGGAGCCGGGAGCGAACCGGGUAGGGCCGGCCACACCCCGCGCCCCGCACAGCCGAGACCCUGGCCCUCAGCUACAGCUGCGGAAGACAGACGAGAGAACUGACCUGAGGAGCGGAGGGCCGGGCGGGGUCGGGCCGGACGGAAGGACUGAAGAGCCCGCCAGCCGUCCGAGGCCAAGCGGCGAGAGCCAGAAGACCUUAGGAAUCGUUUCGUUCGCCAGGCUCUGGUCGCUUCCGCCCGCCAAAGGAAUCAAACCUCCCGGGCCGGAAGGGGCGGGGCGUGCGCGCCGCCGAGUCCCAGAGGGGCGGGGCGCACAGCUCUCGGGAGCGCGCCGGACGCGGGAUUCCGGUGGGGCGGGGGCCUCGCGGACGUGUCGGGGCGUCAAUUGCUUGGCCCCGCCCCAACGUGGACGGCUGAGGAGUGACUCAAGCUCUUCUUCUUUGGACUGGAGUGUGGAUUCUUGGCCUUGGCAGGUCAGCCUCCAGUACAACAAGCAACACAUCUGUGGAGGAAGCAUCCAGGAUCCCCAGUGGAUCCUCACGGCAGCCCACUGCUUAGGUACAAUCAGGCCCAUCUGCCUGCCCUUCUUUGAUAAGGAGCUUGCUCCAGCCACCCAAUUCUGGGUUGUCGGCUGGGGCUUUACGGAGCAGAAUGGUGGGAAGAUGUCUGACACACUGCUGCAGGCGUCAGUCCAGGUCAUUGACCACACCCGGUGCAAUGCAGAGGAUGCCUACCAGGGAGAAGUCACUGAGAAGAUGCUGUGUGCAGGCGUCCCAGGAGGUGGUGUGGACACCUGCCAGGGUGAUAGUGGUGGAUCCCUGAUGUACCAGUCUGACCACUGGAAGGUGGUGGGCAUUGUGAGCUGGGGACAUGGCUGUGGGGGCCCAAGUACCCCAGGAGUGUACACCAAGGUCACAGCCUGUCUCAACUGGAUCUACAGUGUGUGGAAGUCUGAGAUGUAA